CAUCUUCUUAUUUGCAUGAUUUAUCUGUUUCUUUGUUAUUGUCAUCUCUUUCUUCUACUUCUUCGUUGCUUUCUAUAUUGAAUUUGAAUGUGUUUUCUUUUUCAAAUUUUCUGGAUUUAUUUUCGGUCAUUGUAACUUUGAAAUAGCCGGUUUGCUCCUGCUCUGAGGUGGCUUCUAGUGAGAAUAUGAAUCUUAAUUGUGGCACGCUGAUAUAUUGUGGAUUUUAGUCUUGCUCAUCUCUUAUUUAAGCUUAUAAUAAAUGAAAAGCCAUCAAAGGUUCGUCAUAUGGCAGAUAAAGAAUAAAAGAAGCCAUAUUAUUUGGAGACGUUGGAUUCACUCUUUUUUACUAUUACAAGGGCUUUUACUCUGCGGUGAUUAGAUUCCAAUGUUUGUGCAACAAUACUUCAAAUUCCAUGGGUCAGAUUGGUUUCUUGCCUGAGAACAUUGAUGGCACAACAAGCUUGGUGUACUGUUUUGUAAUUUUAAAGAUAUGGUUUAGUCUUUCAUGAUGAUAAUGAUGACGGUGAUGAGUUCUUACUCUUACCUUUGGUGUACUGGGACAGAAUAUAUACUUCAGCAGGUAGCCCUAGGGAUCUUGUUGAUAUUUUUAUGUUAUAAAUUAUAACUAUAUAUUGGCCAGUGCAUUACAUUGAGUUUGAAGAACGAGUAACACUAUAGAUUGAUUAGCUACGUCAUGGACGUUAUUAUUGUGAGAAGAGUUAUUCCCUCAGAUAAUAGUUGCCUCUUCAAUGCAGUUGGGUAUGUUAUGGAUCAUGACAAAACUAAAGCUCCUGAAUUGAGACAGGUUAUAGCUGCAACAGUGGCAAGUGAUCCAGAGAAAUAUUCUGACGCAUUUCUUGGAAAGCCAAAUGCAGAAUAUUGUGCCUGGAUCCUUGACUCUGAGAAAUGGGGAGGUGCAAUUGAGCUUGCCAUAUUAGCGGAUUAUUAUGGACGUGAAAUCGGAGCAUAUGAUAUCCAAACAACGCGAUGCGAUGUGUAUGGUCAGGACCAAAAGUAUUCUGAAAGGGUCAUGCUGAUUUAUGAUGGUCUCCAUUAUGACGCAUUAGCUGUGUCUCCCUCUGUGGGGGCCCCUGAGGAGUUUGAUCAGACCAUAUUUGUUGUCCAGAGAGACAGAAGCAUUGGACGUGUUGAGAGGCUUGCUCUUGAUUUUGUUAGGGACCAACAAAGGAAACGAAGCUAUACCGACACCGCCAACUUCACUCUCCGCUGUGGGGUAUGCCAAAUCGGUGUAGUUGGUCAGAAGGAGGCAAUGGAGCACGCACGAGCAACAGGUCAUGCUAACUUUCAAGAAUAUAGAUGAUGAUAUAUUGCUUGUUGCUCUUGUGAAGUGCAAAUUCACAGAUGUUGACCUCACUUGAUCUGGCUUCACGUAUUACUAGUUGUUGUGACUUGUGAAUGUUCGGUCCCAGUUUUUACUCCUCCGUGCAAACAUGUUGGUAUUUCCCGUGAAAAUAUCAUUGCACAACUAUGUUUUUCCUCAUUCGUUGGAAAAUAAAAGAAGUUAAAUGUGUGACAA